AUGCCUCUCAAACUAGCAGUCGCCGACUGUGAUAUUUUGAACAAAGUACUUCCCGAGUGCAAGGAUGCCAUCAGAAAAGCUCAAGUCCUAGCGCAGAGAAACGAAGAAACCCAAAACAUACAGCUGUCUCGCUUCGUCAACGUCGUUGAUAUCGAGAGAUCAUUCAGCGUGGAAUCCUUCAAUCGCAAUGAUCGGAAAUACCUCAUGUGGAAGGAUGAUGGGGAGGAGGUGGUAUUGCAUUUUCAGGGUAUCGUAUCCCAGGUGUUACGACCAGCAAAUAUCCGACAGUUCAUCCAAGUUGUUUCUGAUGACGCAGACGGGGUAUUCGAACAAGCCCGGGCAGCUGAAAAGGCGUUACAAAAAUUUAUGUGGCAGUACAGAGGAAAUCCCGAAUGGCUUAUCUUGCACGACAGUAUCUUUGGAGGAAUCCAUGCUCUGAUGGCGGAUAGCAAAUUAUUAACAGCACCUUCCCAGCCUGUUGGUACAACUGUUCCGAUUACAGCUGACAUGGAGGAGAGAGGAGCUCUAACUCGCAUAUGCAUGGAUUCGAAACACAGAUAUACCGAUGACAACGCUGUCCAGUUUUUGGAAUGGCAGUUCCUGGACAAUAAAACCAUGACAUUAUUACCUCGAGAAAGCGGUUGCGUGCUAUGA